UGAUCCAUGUGACUGCAGUUUCUGUUACUAAGUUCCUUCCGCAAGUUCUAAAUUCAUCUGAUGCUAAGUGAGAGCAAACAGCUAAUUUUAUUUUGUUUGAGAGAUACCGAGAGAUUGGCGGUGCUGGUGCAGAAUGAGUCUCUUAGAUCUGAGCACGUUGCUCCGAGCGGAGUCCUGCUGCUGAAAUGGCGAUAAUAGCUCUGAGCAUUUCUCUGGGCAUCAUUGUCCUAGGUACAGGAUGGGGAAGCAAAGUUACAGCCUACCACAGUCUCUGCAAACUGGAGAAGAGAACUGCAGACUGCAGCAGGAAGAGACUAGGCUCUGUCCCAGCAGACCUGCCCGCUGCAACAGAAGAACUUUUCCUGGAUGCCAAUAUUAUACAGAUUCUAAAGAAUGCCUCUUUAGUGUCAUAUCAAGUCCUGCAGAGCCUCAGUCUGCGUGAGAAUGGGUUGGAGCUCAUUGAACCCGGGGCUUUCCUUAGCAGCAGGAGUCUUACAAGUCUAUCUGUGGCCAACAAUGGCCUCUCUGUGAACUACUCUGUGACAGCAACUGCUAUAUGGACUUUGACUGCCUUGAGGAAGCUGGACCUAUCUGGAAAUCAGCUCACUGAGGAUAUGGUGGUCACCAUGAUCCAGCAUUUAUCCUCCCUAGAAUCUUUGUCUCUGGCCAGGAAUGCCAUCAUGAGGCUGGAUCACUCUCACUUUCAAAACCUGCUCCAGCUCCAGGACCUGGAUCUGCAGCAGAACUACAUCUUUGAGAUAGAAUCUGGCACCUUUGACGGCCUGCGAGUGCUGCAGCAGCUCAACCUGGCCUACAACUACAUGCCUUGCAUUGUGGAGUUUGACUUGACCCAACUCCGGGUGCUAAAUGUCAGCAAUAAUCUCAUUGAGUGGUUCCUGGCCGUAGAGGAUGAUAUUGCCUUUGAACUAGAAACACUAGAUCUCUCCCAUAACUGGCUCCUGUUCUUCCCGCUGUUACCCAAGCAAAAUAAAUUGCAAACUCUGCUGCUGAUGCACAACCAGAUGAGCUUCUAUGGUGAUCUUUUCAAUCAUUCAGAGAGUAAAGUGCAACUGCUAUUCCUGGAUGGCAACAUCACCAACAUCACCACUUUCAAUCUCUGGGAGGAAAACAACCAUGGCAACCUCUCUUCCCUCAGCUUUCUGGACAUGAGCUGGAACCAGGUCCGGUACUUGCCCGAUAGGUUUUUUGAAGGGAAAGCUUUCCUAACCCAUCUGAACAUCAGUCACAACUGCUUAGAGUCCCUGCAUGUGCAAAGGUGGGAAUGGCUGAACACUCUCACUGACUUGGAUCUCAGCUACAACCAGCUUUCAGAUCUACAGGUGAACUUGAGUUCUGGAGGCACCUUACCCAACCUCCAGUGGUUCAAUCUAAGCACCAACAGACUACAUGGCUUGCCAGCUAAGCUCUUCACCCACACCACAAAGAUCACUACAGUUGACCUCAGUAAUAACCCCAUCAAGAUUUGUGGCUCACAUGUUGAUGUCAAUGGUGCUGCAAGUCCCGACUGCAUUGAUGUCCAUAAUGCAGGCUCCCUCAAGAAUCUUUUCUUGGCUAGUUGUGACCUAGCCAUGCUGGGCAACCACGUCUUUUGGGGGACCUCCCUGGCACACUUGGACCUUUCUAACAACCCCAAUGUGCAGCUCGGUAGUUUGGUACCUCUGCAAGAUGUUGCACAAUCCCUGCAGGUGCUCUCUCUCAGGAACACUAGUCUCUCCGCUGCAAAGACAACUAUGGACUUUUCUAUCUUUCAAAAGCUGGUCAAUCUGGAUCUGUCCGAAAACGCUCUGGUCAGCUUCCCCGAAUCUCUAAUAGGUCUGAGACUGCACACUCUGGAUCUCAGGAAAAAUGGCCUCCAUACCCUACCUCAGCAUGCCAUGCAAAAGCAACUUGGCAGAAGCCUGCAUGUGAUCUACCUCAGCCAGAAUCCCUAUGACUGUUGCAGACUGGGAUGGUGGGAUGCCCUGCACAGCCUUGGGACCAUACACAUUGCGGACUGGAAACAAGUCACCUGCAACUACUCCUCCAAGUUCAUCAGCGCAGCAAAUUUACCCGAAUCUGUCCUCCAGGACUGCAAGUGGCUCACAGCAGAUAUGAUGUGGGUGUAUCUGGUCCUCUUUCUUCCUACCUGCUUUGCUUUGCUGGUUGCCUUUGUCAUCGUUUUUCUGACUUUCAGGCAACGGAUUCUGCAAAUGGUGAAGAGCAGGUACAAAAGGUCCAGCUCACAUGGACUUUGGGGCGCUGGGAAAACACAAGUCACUGAGCCUAAGGAAUGGGUGUUGGCAGAAUGGGAAAGCUAGAAUACUCACUCAGGUGUUGCAGCCAUAGAUGAUGUGGUUCCGACAAGCCACAGUGUGUAUCUAAGCUGUAUAAGGAGGUGCCUGACAAGUGUAACAAAAUGUUCUUGCAUGUGGUUGGCAGGGAUGGGAUGGGAUGCAUGCAGCUCUGUGCAGAGAGAUGCAAAGUCAGGUAGUAAUGUUGUAAUGUUUUACUUUUGGAAGAGAAGGCCUUUACAAACAAGAAAUUCAAGCGUAAGACACUUAAUGAGGGGAGUUGAAAAUGAUGCCUGAAUAAAUUGAGCUCCCAAAUAGAUAUAGCUUCUUGGGAAAGCAGAAACUUGCUUUUUUUCUUAUAGAAGGAACUCCCCCCAUCCCCCGCCUAAUUGGGCUCAUUCAUGACUUUGUGGCAGGCCUAAUACUGAGGGGGAUGCUGUGGUAUGAGGGAGGGGAGCAAAGUAGUCCUCACCCAGGGGUGUAGCAAGGUUGUAGUGGGCCCAGAGACAAGAUUUUAAAAUGCCCCCCUCACUGAAGCUCAGCUCAUGAAGUAAAGAAAUCUUAAAUGAGGCUGAAUAGUGGUAACAAAAAGCAUUGUGUGUGUGUGUGUGUGUGCGUGUGUGUGUGCACAUGCAUGUGUGUAUAUAUAUAUGUGUGUGUGUGUGUGUGUGUGUGUGUGUGUGUGUAUCUCUCCAUCCUAUGUGCCACAAUAUAACAUCAUCCUAAAUUAUUUUUAAAAAGAUUUUGUAAAUUGUGAACGAUGCAAGUCAUUUAAUGGUAGUAGAGAAAGACAUGCUGUUCUGGUAGCUCCAGGUCUUAACACUCACAUCAAUUUCGGAGGAUGAAUACAACUGAAGGAAGCCCGGGCAGGUGCACGGUUGAGGGAGUCAGUCAUGUGACUUUCCUCUGGGGGGGGCCAAGGCAGUGGGCCCCCAGACAACUGUCUCCCCUUGCCCUAUUAUAGUUACGCCCCUGCCCCCUUAUCUCUUUUGAUGGCUCUCACAGUUAUUGUUUUUGCAAGACUAGAGGGGGAUGAUUUGGCUAAAACUGGGUAGACUCAAGGGUGCAGUUUGUGAGUUUAGUUUAGCCUCUCCCUUCCAUUGAGCCAUACCAGUAGAGCAUCUGCCCAGAGUUCAGAGCAUCUGCAUUUCUCUCUGGCCCAUAAGUUUUCCAUUCCUCACAUUCUAAGGCAAUUUCAGAACCUACUGGCUCCUGCAGGUCCAUCAUAGAAAGAACAACAGUGGGUGUAACAUGGGAAAGUCCUGGCGCAAUGUUGAUUUGAACAGUGUGAGGCAGAUUGCAUGAGCUGGUUGCUGAAUGAAUGGCACUUAUUCAUCUAUGGUAAAACUAACACCUGAAUUCUUGCACUGGGAGCACCAAUGUUGCCUCUGAGCUUUUAGCCAGCUAGAAUUUGAACACAUUCAACUGCCUUAUACUGAGUCAGACCACUGAUCCAUCUAGCCAACUGCAUGCAGAGCCUGUGCUCUAUCACUGAGCUACAGCCUAUACUCUUGACUUUUUUAGGCUGUCUCUUAAUCUGCAGAGCUAAAAUAACAUUUCAGUUGCUAAAAAUGGCAAAAAUGUUAAUAGCACCUGAAGAUUCCCCAGAAUCUCUACUUUCACUUUGAAAAAGAUUUCUAAUCCCCUUGUGAAGAAAAAAAAAGAAAUGAAAAUUUGUGGUCAGUUUCUGCUACAGUGCUAGAAACCAAGGGAUUUGAGUGGAGAACCUUACAAAUAGUACUCACACUGCCAUGCACUCAUCCCCGCGCCCAACACACUCAAUGUGUAUGAACAUUUCUUCUUCAGUGAUUCAUCAGUAAAAGUGAAGCACCUCCCAUUGCUGGGGACAGCACUAUUAGAAAAGAAAAAAGAAAAGAAAAGAAAGAUUUGGGUUAUAUCAUUGGGAUCAAUCCUUCCUUGAUUGCAUCCAUCCCUGCCUCUUGAAAGAAACGUGCAGUGGGGGCGAGGUGGGGGGUGGGUGGCACAGAUGUGGAACUGCUCCCAACUUUUACCAAUGCAUUGGCUAUAAUCUGUUGCAGGGAGAUAUGUGGUGGUGUUUUUCAUUUGUGCCCUAGUAAGAUAUACAGACCAUUCAGUUGAAUACUCUGUGCCAUCAGAUGUGGAAUCAAUUGUCAUCUUUUACCAGCUGCUCUAAUGAAAAUGAAAUGAAGAGGGGAUGGGGGGAGAGUGUUUAAAAAAACUGUCUUGAUAAUGUUUACCAUUUUAAUAUGGCAAGAAAUGGAGGCCGCACAAAAAGGUAGAGGUUAAAAGAAAGGAGGCAAGUCUUAAGAUGGUAUUGUAUGGAAAGGUUUAUUCAUAUAAAUGAAGAUCAUGAAAGUCCAUGUUUUCCCAUGAGUGUUUGUCAGGAGCAAUGGAGUGUAAUCCUUUGACUAUUCUCUUUGGAUUUUCCCUAUUAGGAUCUCUUCUUAUGAGCACUUACCUGAGAAACAGGGGUAUAGUUAUAAUUGAACAAGGUAGGACAAAUGUUGCUAGUCCUUGGUGGGGGUGCCUGCUGGCUGGAUGACAGCUCACUUUGCUCACCCCCUCUUAAGUCACUGGCUCACUGUUGGCUCCUGAUUGGAGGAUUUGUUUAUGCUUCAAGUGAGUCCUGUCCAGGAGGGGAGGGGAGACAAGUGUCAGGCAGCAUCCCUCCCUCCACCUGACUGGCUAUCUAGUGCUCAGGUUCAGCCCAUCCCUCUCUCAGCCUGACUGACAGGCUCAAUAGCAAUACGGCCCAGAGGAUGUAAACAACUAUAGGCCUGUGGCCAAUAUUGCCUUCUUGGGCAAGGCGUGUAGUGGCUCACCAGCUCCAGACACUCUUGAAGGAAAUGGAUGAUCUAGAUCAGGGAUUCUCAAU